AGUCAGAUUGGUCAGUAAAAAUGUUACUUUUUUCUUGCUCGGUAGAAAAACAAAUUGCAGAGACAACCAAACCUAUCUGCCAUAUGUCCUCGGUAUGAACAACUACGAAAACUAGCAGUGUUCCUCCUGCUCUACAAUGGUUAUCUUCUCUCCCUCUCCUUCUCUCUCCACAACUAACCACCCUUUUCUUACCCACCACCUUUGCUUUAGAAACCAGACCAGAGCUACGCUAGACCACAAGAAGUGUAGAAAACAUGAGAAAUUCCAAAUUUGUGCAUGUGCUUCAAAACCCACUUUGGAAAAUGAGUUUUGCAGACGGGACUUGGUGCUCUUCGGCCUCUCUUCUUCAUUAUCUGUAGUUUUCCCAUCUUCAGGUUCUCUUGCGGAGGAAGAGUUGAAAAUGGCUUCACUGAUUGAUGAUAUAAAUGCUUAUUCUUAUUUGUACCCAGUGGAGUUGCCAUCUAAGAAGUUCAUCUUCAAAUGGGUGGAAUCUAGGAAGCCAGAACGCUAUUCCUCAGCUGCACCACUGUCUCCCGAUGCACGCCUGCGCAUUGUGUCAGAACGUGUUGACAUAAUUGAUAAUCUCAUCAUAUCUAUCUCGAUAGGUCCCCCAAAUUCUCAGUUCAUAAAAGCAAAGGACAAGAGGACAUGGACUGCAAAAGAUGUUGCUGACUCAGUUUUGUCUGACAAGUCUGCCUUGCGAGUCACCUCAAGUCAGCGCAUGGCUGAGAGUUCAGUUCUGGACGCACAUUCUAGUGAAAUUGAUGGGGAGCCAUACUGGUACUAUGAGUACCUUGUUCGUAAAUCACCUACAAAAUCUGCUCAAGAACCAAACCUUUAUCGACAUUAUGUUGCUUCAACAGCUGAACGAGAUGGUUACUUGUACUCUCUAAAUGCUUCAACCCUUGGCAAGCAGUGGAACAAGAUGGGGCCUUUCUUGGAGAAAACUGUGGCAUCUUUUCGCCUUAAUCCUCCCACAGAAAAUUAUGUACCUCCAUAUAAGGACCCAUGGAGAUUUUGGUGAAAUAGACUUUUGAUCAUUGAAAUUUGGGUCAGGUUCAAUUUUUGUUCCUGAAAUUGAAGGAACUUAAUAAUUUCGUUUCUAAACAAUGUUGUCUUGUUUGGUAUGCCAUAUCAGAUUGCAAUCA